AUGUCUGCCGGCAAAGUCUACAUCGUCAGCUAUUCCGUCUAUCAUCACGUCCAUAAACUCGCUCUUGAGAUCCAAAAGGGCCUCCGAUCGACAGGUGUCACCACCAAAAUGUUCCAAGUCCAGGAAACCUUAUCAGAUGAUGUUCUCAAAAUGAUCAAGGCGCCACCUAAGCCUGAUAUUCCUGUCAUCAAACCCGAACAACUGGCCGAAGCCGAUGGUAUCUUGUUUGGUAUGCCCACAAGAUUUGGCACCAUGCCAGCACAGAUGAAAGGCCUCUUGGAUGGCACGGGAGGGCUUUGGGCCAAAGGCACACUCCACAGCAAAUUUGCAGGCACCUUUUUCAGUACGGCGUCGCAGCAUGGCGGUCAAGAAACCACUGCUCUCACUACCGUUACUUAUUUUGCUCAUCAUGGUAUGAUGUAUGUUCCCUUGGGUUUCACCCAUCCCAAUCUUUCCGACAACAGCGAAUUGAUUGGUGGUUCGGCCUACGGUGCAGGCACCAUCGCCAAUGGGGAUGGAUCAAGACAACCCACAGCCAAAGAACUUGAAAUCGCGUAUUCUCAAGGGGCUCACUUUGGCGACGUCGUUAGCGCGUACCUUCGUGGAAAGCAAGCCAAGCCCAACUAGAUGGACCAAUACCGUUGCAGAUUUGCUAUGUAGAUGAUGACCGCUUUCAACCGGUGUUUUCUGUAUCAAUAAUAAACUAAAACUUUCCAUGAUGCACAUCCACAGUUCGUGUCUUUUUGUAAUUUCAAAAAGUGUUUGCCUUAAGCAGGGAUGAGAUCGCCUACCCGCAAUACAUCCAUUAUCAUGAUUGAGA